CCUUGGCGUCCUUCCCCUGCAACCUUUCCCAUCACUACAGCUGCUUUGACUUUAACCCUCCGGUCUUCUUAAAUCUCUACGGAUCAGCUCUGCAAUCAUCAUCAUGUCUGACAUCCAGCAGGCUAUGGCCCUCCUUAUCAACGCCUUCGAUAAAUAUGCCGGCAAGGAGGGGGACAAGAACACCCUGUCCAAGGCCGAGCUGAAGGAUCUGCUUCAGAAUGAGUUUGGGGAUAUGCUGGGGAAGGCCAGUGACAAGGAGGCGGUGGACCGCCUGUUCAAGGGCCUGGACACAAACCAGGACAACAGUGUGGACUUCAAGGAGUUCGCCACCAUGGUCACCUGCCUCACCAUGAUGUGCCACGAACACUUCUGCAAGAAAUAGGGAUCCAAGCUCCACCUCAGGGACAGCUGAAGGAAGACGACGCUAAUCUUAACUAGAUUACCAUGAAGGCACACAACAUGAUACUCACGCACAAUGAAAUAAACUUAUUUCUUUGAAACACUU